AUGACGGAUUUCCGUUGUAAUUGUUGUCCAUAUGGUUACCAUUUAGACACCGAUUUUAUGAAAUUCUUAGAUGAUAUGUAUGGACCGGAUGUUCUUCGAACACUAAAAAAAAUUGAAAGAAAACGACAUGAUGUACGCCGACGCUUAAUUAAUGGACAACAACCAACCCAAAAUCUGAAUACUCGACCACCGGUUCAACAUCAUCAACAGUAUCGUUCCACAUCGUGUGAGCGUGUAUUUGAUCAAGAAUUAUUACGUGAAACAUUACUCGAGUUGGAUAGAAUCGUUGAGAAAGAUAUUAAAGAACUAGAAGCGCAAUGUCGGCAUCAACAACAUUCAUCAGGUCGAUGUACACCGAAUGGUCCAUGCUGUGCAGGAAGACGAACACAACAACAUCAGACAUCCUCCUCUUCCCAUCAUCGUUCACGAUCAGUUGAUUCAAGAUACCCACGUCGACAACGUGUCAUACGACAAACUCAUUCACCAAAACACACAUUAUCGACGCACAAUGUUUAUGAUCGAUCACGAACAGAAGAAGAACAUAGAUUGUACGAACAUAGAAUGCAAACGGAAAAAACUAUUACCACUCGAACAUUAUCCACGCCUGGUCUAUCAACUUAUCGCGAUGAUCAUAUAAAAAAGUUUGAAGUUAUUAAUUCAUCAGGUGGCCCAAUUACCAUGUUGUACAAAAUACCACCACCCCCAUUUUCGCGCUCAUCUAGUUCGAGUUCUCUAUCGACAGAAACAACUUUGCGUGUCUCGAGUCCUGAACCCGAUGAUCAUCGAGAACCACUAAAACCGUUGUACAUAACAGAAGUAACCGUUCCAUCAAAACCGAUUCGUUUAGAGCCUGUUCAACAGACAACCACCAUCAUCACCAUUUCGGAUAAAUCGGAAAUUGAAAGACGAAAUCGUGAAAUUGAUCGUUUAGAACAAGAACGUUAUACACUUUUGAAAGAAAAGGAUUUAUUAUUAAAAGAAAUCGAACGUUAUAAACAUAAACCGGCGACAAAAACAAUUUCUACGACUAGUCAUGAUAAUAAAAAGUAUACAUUGUCAAUUGAUGUUAAGUCACCUGAAACAUUAAUUACGCGUGAAGGUAAAGAAUCAGAAUCAGAAGAACAUUUACAUCGUCUAGAAACACGCUUAGAAGAAAUUAUUCAACAACAACAACUUCAUCAAAAACCAUCGACCAGAGAAGUGGCCAUGAUGCAUGUUGUUGAAGAACCAAAAGAAGUUUAUCUCAUUGAUCAUCCACCACCGUUACCACCAAAACAAUAUCAACAACAGAGAGAUGUGGCGAUUAGUCAUAUUACAGAAGAAUAUGAUUUUGGUGAAGAUAAUGAACGUGAACAAGCUGAUAUUAUUAAACGAAAAUUAGAGGACAUUAAGAAUUAUUAUACCGAGAGAAUUCAUAUACUUGAAGAUAAAAUCUAUGAACAAGAACGAGAAAUUGAACUUCUAAAUGAACCAAAAUCACAGAGACAUGUUAGUAUGCAAUGUCAACCGUUGAUGACGGAUAGAGCACUUGUUACCGAUACAUUUCGUUCAGUCCGUGAUGUUGCAUUAACGUGCCAUUUAAUCGACGAUGUUAAAGAAGAAGUCAUCUACAAACGAGAUGUAAAUCUUCAAUGUAAUCUAAAUGACUUUAUUCAACAACGUGAUGUUUGGAUUGAAGUGAAUGAACCAAAGGAACAAAAGCCUACUGUUCGAGAUGUAUCUAUUGGUGUUCAACUUAAUCUUCAGCCAGAUAUCCACUACCGAGAUGUCGCCACACACGUCAACUUUGAUUAUAAACCGGAAAUAAAACAGCGAGAUGUUGCUGUUAUGAUACAACCGGAACAAAAGUUGAUGAAUGAUAAAUCAUCGAAUACUCAACAAAUUCAAACAAAAGAAUUUGGUUGUUUUGCUAAUACUAUUGAACCGCCAAAACCGCCAGCAAAACCGUCGAUGAGGCCGGCUUCUACAGAUACCCGUACAUUAAUCUCGUAUAAAGAUACCGCUACGGGAUCGUCGGACACGAAACGUUGGAAUGAUCGUUCGACCGAUACUCUAUCACUUUUACAACAACGCGAGCAAGCGACAGGAAGCGACAUACCACCUGAAUUGUUAAGCAGAACUGUUUCAACAGAUACACGAACGUUGAUAUUGACACGCGAUAAUUUUUCGGCAACAACUUCACCAUCAAAAGAUCUUUUCAAAGACUUUGGAUGUGAUACAAGAUCGAUGAUCCAAUAUCAUGAUAUAUCCGUAAAUACAAACAUACUAGAACAACAGAAUACAGGUGUACAAUGUGUUCAAGAAGUUCACCCGGUGAAACAAGCCCAAACAAAUACUGAAUUAGACAUAUUUCAUCAAUUAGGUCACUAUCGUCAUGCUCUCUCUAACACAGACCUAAAACGUUCUACCGAUCGUAGUACGCUAACAGAAGCGCGUCCUUCAAAAGAUUUGGGCAUCAAUACUGAACCAAAAAUCAUGUAUUCAAAAGAUGUAGGCGAUUUUGAUGUGAGAAUUAAAGAAAAUGAGCAAGAAAGUCGCUAUACGGAAGAGAUUACAUGGAACAGGUUAUUAGGCGUGGAGCCCAUUCGACGAUCAUUACACGAUUUAUCAUCAAGAACAUUUGGCACACAAUCGGAUACACAGCGAACAUCUGAAAGAUCAUUGAUGACCGAUUUGUACGACACAAAACGUGAUAUUGGCUACAUUGAACGCAUUAGACGAAUGAGUCCAGCAUCUUCCGAAGAUACUGUAGAAGAGCAGCGACAAGAAAUUAUCACAUUUAGAAUACCAGGAAAAGAUCAUUUGUAUUUUGUUGAAGAACGACCUGUACAUAAAGAAGACUUAACAGAAGAAAUGUAUGAACAAAUUUUGACCACAACUACGGAAACAAGAAGAAGACAAAUGGAAGACUUGAUGAUUAAACAAAAACAACAACAGAGACAAGAGGAAGAAACUCGGCGGCAUCAAAAACAAACUCAGAGUAAUGUAACAAUUUAUGAGCCUGGUAUGACGAGCGUUAAGUCUGAAUAUAGUGAAUGGAGUAGGCCACUUGGUGUUUCAACGAUAAUACCUUCUUCCAGGCAACAACAAACAUCUACCGGGAGAAGAUCAAAUUCACCAGAAGAUUUAGUUGAAGAAUCUUAUGAAAUUGUACAAACUAUAACGAAACCUCCGACUAAUUUUACAACAACAUCAUCAGCUCUUUCGUCUUUCGAUAGUGAAAGAGGUACAUAUUAUACAACAGUAAAUACGGGUUCAGAUACUAUAAAUCGAACGACCAGCAGUAUAACGGCAGCAACAACAGACAAACCAGAUACAAAACCACCAUCGAGUGAAGAUGAUAGUUCAUUUUAUGAAGAAUGGACCGUAACAGAAGCAAAACGAAAACAAGAUGGACAAACCUUAACUUUCUUGUUUAGAGGUGGGCAUCAUCGUUACAGUGUUGAUGCUGAAGAACGAUCUCCAGAAGGAAUAUUGAAAACAAGCAAAUCUAAUAAUGAAAAAUCACAAAAACGUUCAGGAGAAAGUUCAGUCACAUUUACUAAAACAGGAGACAAACAAUAUACCGGUGAGUCGAUGAGUCCUCGUGGUGGUUUUCAAGUUAAAGGACAAGUUGAAGAAUCUCAAAUUAGUCCAACAAUGUCCUACACGGUCAAAGAUUAUGAAUCACGAAAAACUUACGGUAGUGGUAGUCCAGCUGUGACAUCUGCAGGCUCAUCAGGUUUUCGUACACUCGAUGCAUCAUCAUCGACUGCGUCCUAUUUACCCGAGACAGAAAAGGAAAAUGACGAGAAAUACAAUGUUGUCAUGGCAUCGUAUAAUGAAAGUGGAAUUAAAGAAAUAUCGCCAAAUAGAGAGGAUUAUGGAACACCAGAAGAAGACGACGAUGAUUAUCAGAGCUCUAGUAGAAGGCAGCAGCAACAACGCCAAAAAGAACGAUCGAUUAUUAUUACUUCGAAUGAGGGCGCUGAACAAAUGAUGUCAUCAAUAAUUUCCCCAUCUGCGAGAGCGGAAACGACUAAUUUACAAACGGCAUCUGAAGGACAAGAAGGGUUUGAAUUAGAUGAGGAAAUGUACAUAGCAUGCGCCAUUGUUAACGAAUCGUUAUACGAUAAAAAUGCUGAUAAGCAAAAAGUGCAAAAUUGUCUAAAAUUAAUUCAGCAAGAUUGGUUUCGAGUAUCAAGUCAAAAAAACGUGAAUGUACAAUUAGUCGAAGAUUAUUUAAAUAGUUUUAAAGACAAUUUUUCAAAUUUCUUAUUAGAACGUAUUGUUAAUAUGCAAGAUGCGAAUGGUAAUACAGCUCUACACUAUUGUGUAACAAACGGAAAUUGGGCUGUUGUUAAUUUACUACUCGACACAAAAGUGUGCGAUGUUUGCCUUCAGAAUAAUGCUGGUUAUACAGCUGUUAUGAUGGCUGCCGUUAUUAAAAUCGAUAAUGAAGAACAACGAAGUGUGGUAAGACGGUUAUUCAAAGAAUCUGGAAAUGUUAAUGUCAAAACAUCGAGUAAUCAAACAGCAUUAAUGUUAGCCGUUAAACAUGACAAACCAGAAUUAGUUGAAUUAUUAUUAGAAAAUUCCGCAGCUGUUAAUCUACAAGAUUCUGAUGGUAGUACAGCACUAAUGUGUGCCGUUGAAUAUGAACUAUUUGAUAUUGUCAAAUUAUUAUUAACAAGGCCAGAAUGUGAUGUAAAUAUUGCUGAUAAUGAUGGUGCAACUGCAAUUAGUAUAGCAACAUCUAAAAAUCGUAAAGAUAUUUUAGUUGCUCUAUAUGCUCAAAUGAAAGAACGAAAAGGACAUCAUUCGGCAUUAGGCAAAUCUCGUACAAUGAGAUUUGAACCACAUGAUAACAGCAAGAAACCACCGGACAAUAAUCCAAGACGAGGUAGUGGUAGUGAUGGUGCAAAUAGUGGAAAUUCGACUACAAGUGGACCUACAAUAUCAACUUUUCGUCGUUAUUAA